AUGGCGUCGGCGGCCUUCCCCGCGCUCUCCUCCACUGUGGCUCCCGCGCCCUCCACCCUUUGGUCCGCCAACCUCACCGUGAGUUUCCCACCGCCAUGGCAUCGGCGCGUGCUCUCCGCUUCUCCCAUCUCCGGGCGCUUUCCACCUCCAGUGCCCUCUCAAACUCGGAGGCUGCUCCUUGCCGAAGGCUCGGCGCAUCUCCUAUUUUGUCUUCCCCCGUUCCCGUGCUUUCUCCAUUCCUCUCCCCUCAUCCUGCCGAACUCCCCCCUUCCCCCAAUCCCAGGCGCCGUAUCCGACGAACGCGCCGUGGCAGAACAUAGUGCUGGGGCAGGGCGGCAACCCCGAGCUCGUGACGCGUGCAGAGCGCGCGACCCGCAACCCGGAUACAUCGUGCAGGCAUUCGUCACCGCACUCAUGCUCUCCACGCUGCAGGGCCUUCCCCCCCACCAGCUCUCCGCCUACGACGACCUCUCUGCCACCCUCUCCUUCCGCCGACCCUCCUCCGCGCCCGCCGAUCCCUCCAUCCUCGAGGUCCCCCUGGUGCGCGGGUCCCCCUUCCUCACGUUCAUAUUCCCCCCGGGCGGCCCCCCCGCGACGCCCAUGCUGACGACAAUCCAUGCCAUCACGGGAGUGGAGGGCAGCAGCGACAGCAGCAAGUACCGUGUUGCGCUUAACAACGGCCAGACAUGGCUGGUGUACCUGUCGGCGCUGCUAACCCUGAGGCAGGACGGGUCGAUGCUGGCAGCGGACGUGCCGUUCACGGGGACGAUGCGCGUGGCGCUGCUGCCGGGCUCCUCCACGCAGGACGAGGAGGCGCUGCUGGACGCGCAUUUGCCCACGGUGCCACUGGUUUUGGAGUGA